AUGGAGGCCGACGACAGCCUCUCAACAACAACUCAACUAACAGCACUUAACGACAACACCAUCCAUCUUUCAUUUUUUCCAACAACAACAACAACAACGCCGACAACAACAGCAGCAACAACAGCAGCAAAUCCCAGAACAAAAGAAGAAUCCUUCAUAAAUGGAGACUACUCAUUCCCAUGGCUGUACGUUUCUCCCUUAAUUCUCAUCUUCGGAUGUAUUGGCAACAUACUCAUCAUCUGCGUCAUGCGACGAAAAAAGAUGAGGAACAGUACAACGGCCGUGUACCUAGUGGGCCUAGGGAUCUUUGACACUCUUGCCCUGGUUUCCAGGGUUUUGCCGGAAGUCUUUAUGCAUCUUCGGAUAGGCACUUUUGGCGAACUUAACAAUGACGUAGCCAUCUGGCUGAUAGUCCUCUUCACAAUCGAUCGAUUCAUCGCCGUUUGCUUGCCUCUCUUCAAGAGAAAGAUUUGCUUGCCAAAAAGAGCCUUCUGCAUGAUAGUCAUUGUGGCAUUGUUGUUACUGGGGAAAAAUAUUCAUAUAUUCUGGACGCGAGGUCCGAUGUAUGAGAGCAAAAAUUUUACAUUGCCGAUAAACUCAACUGAACAUUUGCUGAUGACUGAUGUAUUGAAGAGCCACCUACAUGCUGCUCAAACAACGUCCUCGUCUAUCGAAACUACUGGAAAUGUUUCCAACCAUUCACCUAGAGAGAUAGUACUGAAUGAAACCGUCGUCACGGUGUCGGUGCUUAAAACAAACUGCGGUCGACUCGGAUACUUCGAAUCGAAGAUACGUCCCAGGAUAGCUUUGAUAACAAUAUCCAUCAUUCCAUUCUGCAUCAUAUGCUUUUGCAACGUGGCGAUAAUAUACAGCCUGGUGAAGAUGAGUAGGAAGAUGAAAGUGCACAAGCGGCAGAGUAACGUGUCGGUUUUUUCCAAAAUUGCUGACAUGUCCAUCAGGAUAGCCAAAGUCAAAGAAGAAAAUGUCAUGCAAUGUCCAACUGAUUCAGAUAACGAAAGAAUUUCUCUUGAUGCUAAACAACUCGUUAAAGAUGCCAGUAGAUCGAGUCAUUUGAAUGAAUCGACAAGCACAGCUUCCAGCCAGACCAACCACCUGGCAGCACCUCCUUCCAAGAACUCCUCCGGCAUGACGCAGACGACACUCAUGUGUCUCAGCACGUCCAUAGCAUUCCUCAUCUGCGUAUACCCCAGCAUCAUCCUCUCCAACAUGAAGCACCUGAUGGACACGCCUUCAUCGAGGACACCGUACAGGCAGGCCAGAGCCUUCUUCUUCCAGAUGAGUGUGCUGAACCAUGCCAUUAACUUCUUCCUCUACUGCCUCACCGGUCAACGCUUCAGAAGAGAGUUGGUCAAAAUGUUGAACGAGUGGCUGGAUUUAAUCACGUGCAAGAAAUGCAAAGCCCGCAGAAAGCAGAACCUGAUGUCCAGCAUGAGAAGCAGUAGGUCGACGUCAAUCACCUUCACUAACAAGUUGACGAAGAUCGUCGAGUUGCAAGAUGAAGAGAGUGGCAUGAAUUACAGCUCAAGCCUUCCAAACGGCGACCCACUGAAUAAAGGAAAUUUAUGAACAUUCAUGAAACAUUCAACGACCAAUUACGCUUAAACGUAUAUUGACAUAAAUUUAUAUUGUUUUGCAGAGUAGAGCAUUAAAAAUUGAUCUGACCACCGCGUUUGACUGGCUGAAGAUAUAAUUUUUAAGUCAUUCUUUCAAGUAUUAGCGAUAUAUUUUAUAAUAUUGUGCAAACAAA